GGGGGGGAGGGCGGGGGGGGGGCAAGGAAAGCGAAAUGUCUCGAGCCGGAGUGGAAUUGGACUAGCUGAAUGGAGCAGCCCGCUGGAAGGAGAACUGAGGCUGGAUCGCUGAAGGCUUGCCGUCUGCUGGAUCGUCCCUCCUGUGUGAUGCCGGGAGAGGCCCCAGGCUCAGGCCACUGAGAGCCCUGCCAGGGAGCGAGUGUGCCAAUCGCCCGGCUGGCGCCAUGGCCCGCCUCACCCACGCCCUCUGGAGCCUUUGCGUCACCGCCAUCCUCGUCACCUCAGCCACACAAGGUCUGAGCCGCGCUGGGCUGCCCUUUGGCCUGGUGCGGCGGGAACUGGCCUGCGAGGGCUACCCCAUCGAGCUGCGUUGCCCAGGCAGUGACGUCAUCAUGGUGGAGAACGCCAACUACGGGCGCACAGACGACAAGAUCUGUGAUGCCGACCCCUUCCAGAUGGAGAACGUGCAGUGCUACCUGCCUGACGCCUUCAAGAUCAUGUCCCAGAGGUGCAAUAACCGGACGCAGUGCGUGGUGGUGGCUGGAUCGGACGCCUUCCCGGACCCCUGCCCCGGAACCUACAAGUACCUGGAGGUCCAGUAUGACUGUGUCCCAUACAUAGAAGUGGAACAAAAAGUAUUCGUUUGCCCGGGGACCCUACAGAAGGUGCUGGAGGCCACGUCCACCCACGAAUCGGAGCAUCAGUCGGGCGCCUGGUGCAAAGACCCCCUGCAAGCCGGUGACCGGAUCUACGUCAUGCCGUGGAUUCCCUACCGGACGGACACGCUGACGGAGUACGCCUCGUGGGAGGACUACGUGGGCGCCCGCCACACCACCACCUACCGCCUGCCCAACCGCGUGGACGGCACGGGCUUCGUGGUGUACGACGGGGCCGUCUUCUACAACAAGGAGCGGACCCGGAACAUCAUCAAGUAUGACCUGCGGACCCGCAUCAAGAGCGGUGAGACGGUGAUCAACACGGCCAACUACCACGACACCUCGCCCUACCGCUGGGGGGGCAAGACUGACAUCGACCUGGCGGUGGACGAGAAUGGGCUGUGGGUCAUCUACGCCACCGAGGGCAACAACGGGCGCCUGGUGGUGAGCCAGCUCAACCCCUACACCCUGCGCUUCGAGGGCACCUGGGAGACAGGCUAUGACAAGCGUUCGGCCUCCAAUGCCUUCAUGGUGUGCGGGGUGCUGUACGUGGUGCGCUCCGUCUACGUGGAUGACGACAGCGAGGCUGCCGGCAAUCGGGUGGACUACGCCUUCAACACCAACCUCAACCGGGAGGAGCCCGUCUCGCUGGCCUUCCCCAACCCCUACCAGUACGUCUCCUCCGUGGACUACAACCCCCGCGACAACCAGCUCUACGUCUGGAACAACUACUUCGUGGUGCGCUACGCCCUGGAGUUCGGGCCCCCUGACCCCAGCACGGGCCCUGUCACCUCCACGCCACUCAGCACCACCACCACGGUGCGGCCCACCACGGUCACCACCACGGCCUCGCCCGCCGCCACCACCAUGGUGCGCAGAGCCCCCCUCACCACCCACCCCAUUGGCGCCAUCAACCAGAAGGGCACGGAGCUGCACCCCGUCACGGCCGUCGCCCCUAGCACCCGCAAGCCCCCCUCCUCCAACCAGCACAUCUCCCCCGAGCUCUUCUGUGAGCCCAAGGAGGUCAGACGGGUCCAGUGGCCGGCCACGCAGCAGGGCAUGCUGGUGGAGCGGCCCUGCCCCAAGGGCACCAGAGGAAUCGCCUCCUUCCAGUGCCUGCCAGCCCUGGGGAUCUGGAACCCGCGUGGCCCCGACCUCAGCAACUGCACCAGCCCCUGGGUCAACCAGGUGGCACAGAAGAUCAAGAGUGGAGAGAAUGCGGCCAACAUCGCCAGCGAACUGGCGCGGCACACACGGGGACCCAUCUACGCUGGCGACGUCAGCUCCUCUGUCAAGCUGAUGGAGCAGCUGCUGGACAUCCUGGACGCCCAGCUGCAAGCGCUGCGCCCCAUUGAGAGGGAGUCGGCGGGCAAGAACUACAACAAGAUGCACAAGCGAGAGCGGACCUGUAAAGACUACAUCAAGGCUGUGGUGGAGACCGUGGACAAUCUGCUGCGGCCCGAGGCGCUGGAAUCAUGGAAGGACAUGAACGCCACGGAGCAGGUGCACACGGCCACCAUGCUGUUGGACAUCCUGGAGGAGGGCGCCUUCCUGCUGGCCGACAACGUCAAGGAGCCCGCGCGCUUCGUCACCACCCGGCAGAAUGUGGUGCUGGAGGUGACGGUGCUGAACACGGAUGGGCAGGUGCAGGAGCUGGUCUUCCCGCAGGAGUACGCCAGCGAGAACUCCAUCCAACUCUCGGCCAAAACCAUCAAGCAGAACAGCCGCAAUGGGGUGGUCAAGGUGGUCUUCAUCCUCUACAACAACCUGGGCUUCUUCCUCUCCACUGAGAACGCCACGGUCAAGCUGAGCGGGGAGGCGGGCGCCCCCAGCCCUGCCCUGGUCGUCAACUCGCAGGUCAUCGCCGCCUCCAUCAACAAGGAGUCCAGCCGCGUCUUCCUCAUGGACCCCGUCAUCUUCACCCUCUCCCACCUUGAGGCGAAGAACCACUUCAACGCCAACUGCUCCUUCUGGAACUACUCGGAGCGCUCCAUGAUGGGCUACUGGUCGACGCAGGGCUGCCGCCUGGUGGAGACCAACAAGACGCACACGACCUGCGCCUGCAGCCACCUCACCAACUUCGCCGUGCUCAUGGCGCACCGCGAGAUCUACCAGGGCCGCAUCAACGAGCUGCUGCUGUCGGUGAUCACCUGGGUGGGCAUCGUCAUCUCGCUGGUGUGCCUGGCCAUCUGCAUCUCCACCUUCUGCUUCCUGCGCGGGCUGCAGACCGACCGCAACACCAUCCACAAGAACCUCUGCAUCAGCCUCUUCCUCGCCGAGCUCCUCUUCCUCAUCGGCAUCGACAAGACGCAGUACGAGAUCGCCUGCCCCAUCUUCGCGGGGCUGCUGCAUUACUUUUUCCUGGCAGCGUUCUCCUGGAUGUGCCUGGAGGGCGUGCACCUCUACCUCAUGCUGGUGGAGGUCUUCGAGAGCGAGUACUCCCGCAAGAAGUACUACUACCUGGGCGGCUACUGCUUCCCUGCCCUUGUGGUGGGCAUCGCCGCCGCCAUCGACUACCGCAGCUACGGCACCGACAAGGCCUGCUGGCUCCGAGUGGACAAUUACUUCAUCUGGAGCUUCAUCGGCCCCGUCUCCUUCAUUAUCAUGGUCAACCUGCUCUUCCUCAUGAUCACGCUGCACAAGAUGAGCCGCAGCACGGCCGUGCUCAAGCCUGACACCAGCCGCCUGGACAACAUCAAGUCCUGGGCGCUGGGCGCCAUCGCUCUCCUCUGCCUCUUGGGACUCACCUGGGCCUUUGGCCUCUUCUUCAUCAACAAGGAGUCCAUCGUCAUGGCCUAUCUCUUCACCACCUUCAACGCCUUCCAGGGCAUGUUCAUCUUCGUCUUCCACUGUGCCCUGCAGAAGAAGGUGCACAGGGAGUUCAGUAAAUGCCUGCGUCACGCGUCCUGCUGCCUGCGCAGCCCCCCAGGGGCCACACUCGGCUCCCUCAAGACUUCAGCCAUUCGGAGCAACAACCGCUACUACACGGGCACCCAGAGUCGGAUCCGGAGAAUGUGGAAUGACACUGUCCGGAAACAGACGGAGUCGAGCUUCAUGGCGGGGGACAUCAACAGCACCCCCACCCUGAACCGAGGGACCAUGGGGAACCACUUGCUGACCAACCCGGUGCUGCAGACCCGGGGCGGCACCAGCCCCUACAACACCCUCAUUGCUGAGUCCGUGGGCUUAACCCUCAUCACCCCCGUCUUCAACUCCCCAGGGAGCUUCCGAGAGUCCAAGCACCCCCUGAACAACAGCCGGGACACCUGCGGCAUGGACACCCUGCCCCUCAACGGCAACUUCAACAACAGCUACUCCCUCCGCAGUGCUGACUUCCCGGCCGAGGGCGCCAAGAUGGCCGACUGCCGGCGCAACCUCAGCGACGCCGCUGCCUUCGAGAAGAUGAUCAUCUCGGAGCUGGUGCACAACAACCUGCGCGGGGGCGCCGGCGGCACGGCCAAGGGGGCGCCCCCUCCGGGGGGGGCCGGCCCAGCCGAGCCCAGCAACCCCUCCGGCCCGCCCGCCCUCCCCAGCGGCGGCGGGCCCGGCGAGGAGGAGGCGGCGGCGCCUGAGGGCCCGGCCCUGAGCCACGAGGAGAACCUGGAGAUCGAACUCAUGUACAAGGCCCUGGAGGAGCCGCUGCUGCUGCAGCGGGCUCAGUCGAUCCUCUACCAGAGCGACCUGGAGGAGUCGGAGAGCUGCACGGCCGACCUGACCGAGGGCGGAGACGGCCAGGUCCCGUCCCCCAACAGGGACUCCUUGUACACCAGUAUGACCAACCUGAGAGACUCCCCUUACCCGGACAGCAGCCCCGAGGCGGUGGGGGAAAUCCUCCCCCACACCCAAGCCAUCAACGAAAUCUACUACACCAACCGGCCCGCCUUGGUGCCCCGCAGCCAGCUCCAAGCCUACUACCAGGUCCGGAGACCGAGCACUGACGGCUACUUGGUUCAAGCCGGCUUAGAGGGCCCAGUGCCGGAGGGAGACGGUCAAAUGCAGCUGGUCACCAGUCUCUGAAAGCCAGGAGCGGACUGAGGAGCCCUCCCGAGCCGCCGAUUCUCCCCCCACCUCAUCCCACCUUUGCCAAAAGGAGCCUCUCCCCCCCCCGGGCCGUGGCCUGGAGUUUUUAAUUUUUGUCCUGGGAUGCUGAGGGGAGGGGCACUGCAGAAGGACACAGGCCAGGGGAAGGAGGAGAGGUGGCGUUGAUCUCCUCUGGGAAGGGGGGGGCCGUAUUGUCCAGCGUCCUCCUGCCCACCUGGUGGAGAUGGGAGGAUGGAAAUCGGGGGGUUGCUGCUUUUGUUUUUGAAGGAAAGGAAGGAGGAGGGGCAGGAAGAAAGGAAUGAAAAAGGCACCGGGCCAGACGACAGGAUCUCACUUUUUCGUUUUUUAAGGUCGUCCCUCUUCCGUUUCUUUACGUUCAUUUUGUGGGGACGGAAGAUCAAAAAGAAGUGGAGCAGGGAAACCAAUUUCCUUUUUAAGGUGUGUUAAGAAACAGAUCAGAACCAUGGGGGAAUGGCUGGCUCGGCUAUAUCAGAGCCCCAGAACAACCCCACACACACACACCGGCACCCACAUAUAGGCCAUCCCUGCUCCUCCACGUACACACCUUGGCAAUGUCAAACAGGGAUCCGAUUGGUCAGGAGAGAGAGGGGCAGAUGGAGCAUCCUCCUAUGGCCUCCACUUUCUUCUAUACGAACUUUGCCAAAACCCAUACAUUGUAUAGAUAUAUAGAGAGCUAUAAAGAGAGAGCAAUAUCAAGAGAGAGAAGUGGGGGUGAGGGUUGUUUUGGGGUCCUGAUAGAAAUUAUGUUGAAUCCGGUGCUGACUUUCCAGUAUUUGUCAGCUGGGGGAAACUGAGGCAUGGUGGGGCAGGGACUCUUAAAGUCACUCAUUGACAGGAUUUUGAGUUCAGUUCUUUUUUAUGCCAAACCAUCAGCAAAGUCUGCCAGAGGGGUGCAUUUUUUUUCUUUCAAAAGCAUCCUGAGCACCAGGAAGGGCUGAUGCACAAGGUUAUUUCCAGUGGAGGAGGAGAUGGCACUGAGGUGGCCAUCUCUGAGUUGGAUUUUUGUUUUCCUUUGCUGUGUGGCGCACCCCCCGCCCCUGCCAUCCCUUCACAGCUUACAAAUCAAACACACAUCACCACCCUACUCUGGGAGCUGACAGAGGAAACCAUGAGCCGAGGGGUUCUUCCUGGGCCAUCGGUGUAAUUGGUCAAUCCGCAUUCCCCACUCUCGCCCACUGCUGCCUCACUUCUGUCAAGAUGUGCAUGCCAUUUUCCUAUGGCUCAACGGGAAGCUCGGAAACUCCUGCAGCUCUCGCCCCUUCUACGUUUUCCACUUCUGCUUUUAUUUCCUCCUUUGAAGACAUGCAGGAGUCAGGUGCCUCGUGGGAGCUGCUGUCUGAACCCGGUUGGGUCUAGAUGAGGGUGGGGAGGAUUUUUUUGGGGGGCAAUUUGACGAACCAUUUCCCCCCCCAAAUCAGUCAGAUCAUCUUUGAGCAAAAGAACAACAGAAACCCAAACGGUACUUUUUUUUUCUUUCUUUCAAAGGACAAAACAACAAAAAACAAAAAAUUCUCCCUUUUCAAGCACAACUCUGAAUUCUCUCACCCUCUUCCCAAGAGAGACCAUGGGAGCCAAUAUCACAUGAAGAUGUCAUUUCACCGGGGGGGGCUUAGGGUGGGGUGGAGGGUUAAUUCAGGGGAGGUGGGCGGGGAUACAGAUUGAAAUGCUGUAAAUAUGAAGUUUCAAACAAACAACAAAAAGGGGAAUUGAGGAAUCCCUUGAAAAAUGAAACAGGGAUUUCAAAAAAAAAAAACAAAAAAACAACCAAGCAACCACAGUCCCAGGGAACAGUUUGUGUCCUGGAAUUAAAAUAUAUAUCUAUAGAUCUAUAGGUAUAUAGAUAUAUACUGAGCUCUGCUCCAGCCCCAUUGACUGUUGGGGGGGCAGGUGAAGGGAACAAGGAGACCCCCCUCCCUUUUGAUGAAGACAGGGGAAGGGAUCACGAAAACUAAGAGCAGAUUUUUACAAUCAAAACAAAACAAAAAGAAAAAAAGAACUGUUUUUGGCACCAUUUUUAUGUAAUAUAUACAUAUAAUGCGUCAUUUCUGUGACUUCCUCAACAUUCCCUUUCCCUGCUGGAUAAGGUACCUUUUUCAUACAUCUUGACAUGAAUCGGUCAUUUUCUCACUCACUGCCACUGUGGAAUUGUGGGUAAAAAAAAAAUUACUGUAAGACCCAAAGAUGCUGUAACUGUAGGUUAGGAAAAUUGUUUGGGGUUUAUUUUGCUUUUUUCUGGCCGGGGCUGUUGGGUGUAAGGAGUUUUUAAGUCUGUGGUUAUUUACUUGCAUCCCUCUAGGCUGGAAGGCAUUUGACGGGGUCGAGUUGAAGGGGCAGGUGAGCCAUGAGGUUCAGAUUCAUGGAGUGUGGAAAGGUUUUGCUUUCUGGUUCCUUUUCUCCCAGCCUGUGGAACUACUGGAGAGUGUGUGAGAGAUCAUCACGGGGUGGGGGGUUAGAAGGAUCCUGGGUUUCAUCAGCUUGGAUUUAGUGACUUAGACGUUGGAUAGAAGGGUGGAGACGUAAGGGGCAGGAUCCCUAGCUGGUAUGAAUGGAUGUUGCUCCAUUGGUGUCCAUGUAGCUAUGCUUAUGGAUAUCUCACUGGGGAUGUGUCCCAAGGAGCUUGGGGCAAUGAGGAAACUCAAGCUCCCACUCCCAGUGGCCAGCAAACGCCUUGGGUGAACACUAGGGUACAGGUGACAAGUGGGUGAUAUUUACAGUGUUGCCUUUGCCAGUGGUCUCUGGCCAGACACAAGGCCAGCAAAUGGCUGGAUAGGCUUUGAAAGGCUCUUUCCAGCUCUAGGCCUUGGGGAGGGUAGAUGGACCACCCACUAGUGUCAUUCCCCUGCCCCCAUGCAGAGCAACCGGCCCUCGACCACCAGGGCCAUCGCUGAGAUCUGAGUACCUGUGAAACUCCAGGGUUUCAGCGCAGCCACCGUCCCACCUCACUGGAGCAAAACCCACAGGCAGGAUGGCUGGCAGCUCCCCACCCAAGCCAAGUGGCCAAUAGGACAGUUGAGGCAUGCAGGGAAAUGGGCCUGCAAAGCCUCCUGGGAUACUGAGGGCUGCUUCAGUGGCUCGGUUGGGGCUGUAUGCCAGGCCACGAACCCCCCCCAAGUUCUCCCCUGAACACCACGGCUUGCACCAGAGUCAAUGCAGGGUCCAAGUCUGUUACUCUAGGAUAUUUGAGUGUUUUAUUCAACAACCGAUGACUUACCCAGCGCAUUCCCCCCUCAGCCUCCUCCUUUUGUCCAAUGCCCAGCUAGGGCCCUGGGCUCAACAGAGCCUGAGCCGAGAGGGUGGAAUGGGGGUGUCUGCAACACAAUCCCUUCUGUAUCUCUGGGAUAACACAGCACAGCUUCUCCUGCCGACCCUGGCCUUGGUUUAGGGCCAGCUCCAGCUCCCAUUGCACUGAGGGGAGCCAUUCCCAGCCACCUCCCAAUGGGAACUGCCCCAUCAAUCCCCUGAUGGGACCUGGUCUGGGGUCUGGUCUCCAACCCUCACCUGUACAGUCAGGGCAGUCAUGCCCUUGUAGGACAUUCCUGCCUCCCAGGCUUCUCCAGGAGCGUGCAUUUCACACACACAGACACACCCCCAUCACAAGUGCAAUGAGGUCAUUGGCUGAGCUGGGCUCAGCCCUGAUGGACGGUGGGUUUUUCAAGCUGCUGGGGGACGUUUAAGCAGCGGGUUUGUUUUCUCGCUGGGUGUGGCAUUUGGAGGCUAUUUGAAAGCUGAGAGUGGGGACUAUUGGAGCCGCGUUACUUUUGCGCCUAUGAAAUCUUCGCAGGGCAACUGGGGGUUGGGACGGCUUCCUCGCGACACCUCCCAGGGAGCAGCCGUCCAACCAGGGCCGGAUUUGGUUGCAUGAGCUGUUGCUCUCCUGUGGCUUAGAGCCCAGAUCCGUUUGGAGGGAGAGGUCAAUUCUGCACCUCCUCUUCUGGGGGGUUGGAAAUUCCUCUGCUCACAACCCGGCAAACCAACCAGCCUUAUUUUCUCCCAUCUCACACAUGGCUGGUGCCGCCUGGAUGUUUCUUCAUCCGAGGUGCAUCCCUUCAGCAGACCUAGCCCCACCCUCACCCCAAAACCAAAGACAUAUCCAGCAGAGCGAGGGGCUGGCUGCCUCCGGCUAGCCGUGGUGGUAGCCAACAGUGCUCGGGGAGGGCAGGCCUCCCAGGUUGGCAGGUUAUAGCUAGGGUGGGAAGAGUGUGGCAUGGCCCAACUUGGAGACCCUCAGCAGCCCAGCUGGGCUGGGUCCCAUGGGCCUGAGCCCCAUUAGCUGCAGCUGAAUUAGUGCGUAAUCCCGUUUCUUCAUUGCCUUUACUCCCAGUGCCCACUGCUACCAUGUGGGAGUAGCAUGUGCCCACUGGCACUCGUAGCCAUGCCUUGUGCCACACGUGGCAGCAGCUCUCCUUCCAGCCCCAGCAGAGUGAGCAGAAAGCUGUUGGUGGUUUUCCUCCGUGAGGCAGAAGCCCAGAUAGUGCAGUGAUGGACUCCUAAUGUACUCUGGCCAAAGAGACCCCAGGGCCAAAGUCACUGUGGGGGGAGUGUUCCCAGGGCUGGGGUAUUGCAGAGGGAUGCAGUCGUGUCUCUGUGUAGGGGGGUUCCUGGGGCUGGGGUAUCGCAGGGGGGUGCAGUUGUGUCUGGGUGUGGGGGGGUUCCCGGUGGAUGAGACAUAGCAAGGGGAUGCAGUUGUCUCUUGGUGCACGGGGAGGCGAGGGGAUCCCAGGGGCUAGGGUAUCUCAGGGGAAUGCAGUUGUGUCUCGUCGGGGGGCGGUUCCUGGGGUAUCGUGGGGGAGUGCGGACGUGUCUCAGGAGGGCGGUUCCUAGGGUAUCACAGGGCGGUGUAGUCAUGUCUACGGGGGGGGGCGGUUCCUGGGGUACAACAGGGGGGAUGCAGACGUGUUUUGGUUGGGGGGAGCAGAUCCUGGGGUACAACGGGAGUGCAGUCAUGUUUUCUACCUGUGGUUUCCUAUCCAGGCCCUUGAGCUGAUCUGGCACCGGUGCCACACACCCCCACCCCCCCGUUUUCUUUAUGUUUUUGCUGACGCCUCGGGGGGACCCUUGUCACUUGGCGGCUCUUGGGGGUUGGCCUCAGCUCCCCAUCUCUGGGUGGGGGCCUUAGGGACCCUCCUUUCAAUGCCAUUCCCUGGCUCAGUGCAUUUGACUGCGUCACCCCCUGCUGGCUGGCAGCAGCUCAUGUACCUGCUCCUGGAGUUUCGGGGGCAGGCUCUGGGGUGAAGGUCUCUGGGUCUAAUCCCAGUGGUGACACAGCGUGGUCUGAGCUCGGACCCAUCAGCCCCCCCACACCCCACUGACUGAUGAGCCAGCUCUGAUCUGAAGGAUGGAAAGGGGGUGUCUAUCACUGGGGUUUCAGGGGGGCCCUGCCUGUGCUCCGAUGUAUUGAAUGUUGCUCACUCUCUUUGUACAUGGCUCUUUUCAUUUAUCUGUGGGGGGAUUAGCCCUUCUGAGAGUGGGAUCGGGGAUGGGGAUACAGUGUAUCAGGGUGGGGUUGAUUGUGAGGGUGACCUCCCUUUAACCCCCUCCUUCCAUCUCCCCCAUUGGUCCCCAUGCCUGCCAGCCUCUUAUUUCAUGGGUGGAAGCUGCUGGUAGACACUCGCUGUCAGGGCAAUCUCUCGCCCCAGUUCAGGGGGCUCCCAUGGCCUUUUGCUCCCCCUCUCUUGCUGGUAAACUGGCCCCCAGACAUGGGGAGCCCUGCUCUCCCAGCUCAGCCUUCCCCCCACCCCGCCAUCUCUUUGGGACUAGUGUAACGCCCAGGACCUGGGCAAACUCCCAGCUCCAGCGUCUUUAAAGUCGGGGAAGGGGCCCUUCCCUCGUUCCCCAACCCAUCCUGGCUACCCCCUUCUGACCCAUGCCCCAAACCCUUUUUGCAGCCCCCAGCUGCAACUGAAGCCAGAGAGCCACAGAAUCCUGCUGCCAUCCGCACCACUGAAUGAGUCCUUCCCCACCCCUGGCCAUCCAUGAUCCCCCACCGCGGCCAGUCCAUCCCCUCAAACACCUUUAUUUAUUGGGAAGGCAGAACUUCAAGCUCUCCAAUCAGCUUCCAACUCCAGCUUCACCCAUCAAGGAGAAGCCUGUGCCUCCCCCCGUCCCAUGAGAGAUCUCCCUUGUGAUUGGCUAGCUGCUAGCCAAUGGCAAGGGAGAUGUGCUUAUUUGUGACUCCAUUUCCCUUGGGGUCAUGGGCCAAGUUGGGAUGGAGCAGCUGCAGCCCCACAAAAGCCACAGCCCCAUGAGCCAUAAGGGGGAUUAGAACCCAUGACCUGCCGAGCCCAAAGCCAGCUGUGCAAAUUCUGCACCCAGCCAGUAGCGGGCGGUGAUGCAGGCACCACCGCACUGCAGCAGGGAUGGGGGAGUUGCUGCUGCCCCUCUGCUGCCCAUUGCCCGUGGACAAGGUGUCUCUGAGCCCUUCCCUCGCCAGAAGAUGGCAAAAGGUUGGGGGGACCCCUUAGUCACACCACAUGGCCAGCUACCCAUGGGGACCCACCUGGGGCCCUUCAGGCACCCAACCCUCCCCCCCUCCUUGAGCUGAGGGUGCUGCUCUCCCAGCUGGGAGCUAGUAGAAGGUUGUUGUCCUCAUUAGCCAGUGCUUCCUGAACCAGGCCCUGUGGGUUUAGCUCCCCCAUUUCCUAUCACACCCCUUGUUGGCCCAAUGCCGCCACGUGUUACCAGGGCUGCCCAGUGGGUGCCUGAAGAAUAGCGCUACCCUCUUGCCUGCUGGGUCUUGGGACUGGCCUUCCAUGGCAGCCACAGCUAGGGAGGAACCUGUCCAGAUUUUUUGGUCCUCUCAGCACCACCUGGUGAUGAGCAGAGAAACUCAAAUACCAAAUAACAAGAGCAUCAGAUCUGCAGCAACCCAACUGAGAUCGGGGCCCCUGUUGUGCCGGGUGCUGCACA